AUGAAUAAGGAAGUGUGUAAAAGGUUCAAGAAUAUAAGGGAAUCGAUUCCCAGUCAAUUGGACAGCAACAAAGAGUAUCAAAUUAAUGAUAAUCAUCUCGAUGAAUAUUGUGCUAGUGGGUGUAAUACUUCUCUCGAUAAAAUUAGUGCUGGAUGUUUAUAUUUGUUUGAUUCAUUCUUUAAGGAUAAGUCUAAGUUUGAGUCUGUUGCAGAAAAUAAGAUCUAUAUUGUUGAAUACAUUUUGAUAUGGUUAAUUUAUAUGUUAAAUCUGAUCAAAACUAAAGAAAACGACAGUAUAACGAUUUUUUAUAAUACAUAUAUAGAGGGUGGUGAUAAGUAUACUAAAAAAUUAGAUUAUAUUGAUAGUUAUAAGUAUCUUAUAGAUGAAAAUAAAUAUUUUUUAAGUAUGGAUAUGAGCAUUAUAACUAAAUUAUAUGAUGUAUUUAAUACAUUAUGUGACAUAUAUAAUGGGCUUGAUACAAACGCCUUAAAUUGCGCGGAAUAUUCCCAAAAAGCUAAUCAAUUUGUUGAAAGAUAUAAACAAAUUAUCAUAGAUCAUAACAUUACUGAAGAUAAACUCUAUUCUCAUGUAUUUAUUAUUUUAUUAAUUGAUUAUGAAAAAUUAAAAAAUAAAUGUAAAAUUUUCCCAUCCAUUCCAGAUAUAACAACAAUCAUUUCUGAAGUUACAUCAAGUUCGUCGAUAGCAAGGAAAUUAAUUCCAGUUGUGUCGAUAUUUGCUGCAAUAGCAAUUUUUUUAGGGAUUUCUUAUAAGUAUUCGUUAUUUGGAUUUCGUAAACGAGCUCAAAAAGAAUAUUUAAGAGAAAAAAUAAAAAAUAUAAAGAAGAGAAUGAAUCGUUCAUAUAUGAUUCAAAGAGAGUGA